AUGGAUAUGGCAGAUGGCAGUAUGGAUGAAACAGCUGGUCUGGAGCAACCACCACAGGAUCACGCCCGUAACUCGGGGCAAACUCCCUUUCCUGUAACAGCCCAACCGACCUCGGGCGCCAAUGAUUCAAACUAUCAUGCAAUCCAAGCAAGAAACAUCAUUGAACUGGAGCUCGACGACUGCCAAGCCAUAGGCCGUGAGCGGCAAUCAAUACUCAGAUCUGCGCUUCAGUUGGUGAGCAGCGUCGCCGAAAAUGAGCCUGGCCAUUCGGGCUCCAUCCCGGUGAUCCCCCGUCCCACAGACCCGGCAAUCACGAUUCCAGAGGCACCCCCUCGAGAGCUGCUUUAUAUGCUUCUUGGAGGUCCUUUAGAUGCCGUGCGGACACAGUGGCCAGAUCAUAUACCGCAAAAGACCUAUGAGCGGAUGGUCACGACUCUCCUCCAAGCGGAUCAGAGCAAUGAAUUUUUUCAUCAGCAUUCCGUCUGUAUCUACGUGAAAGCUAUAUUUUACUUGUAUCAAGUAACACGAACUACUGACAAUCCUGUUCUUAAGAGGGAACUGUCACAGUCCAAGUCCGCCUACAUAGCGGCUGCUGCUCAAAGCAUUCAGCAGUUCAACAUCCUUCAGCGACCAGAUCUCUUGACUGUACAGGCUUUACUAUCAAGUGCCUUGCUCAUGCAGCACAUAGGGAGAUUCAACCAAUGCUGGCUUCUCACCUCAUAUGCUGCUAGACAGAUCACUUCGCUCAACUAUCAUAAUACUUGUCACGCACCGGCAAAUUCGGGAUUGGAGCUGGAGAUUAAUUGCGCCGUUUAUUGGUGUUACUACCUCGAUCGGACUUUAAGUUCCCUUCUCGAUCGACCUCCUUCUCUACCAGACCCUGUGGUAUCUCCAACAGACCUUAUUGUCAUCGAAAGCUCUUCGGCAUAUAGUGGGCUUUUACACAUUAUUAUUGAACUCGCGCAAAUUCAAGGGAAGCUACACGAAAUAUCCUCCUGUCGAGAAAGCUUACCCAACAGUGUCAUGUUGGAAAAGUGUCAGCUACUUGAAGCCGACAUGCAGACUCUUCUUCCAUACCUGAAAUCGAAUCGGAGCUCUUUUGCGAAAAUGAUACAAUGCGAUUGGGUCGCGGUCGACUUCUGCUACUAUGCGAUCUUUGUCGAGAUCCAUCGAAUACACUUGAAAAGCUGCUUCACACCGCACAUCUACCGGGAAUGUCUAGUUCAUGCCCGAAAGUCGCUCGAGGCAUUUCACUUCCUUCAGCAGCACUCCGCUGAGAUGCCAGGUUUUGACGACCCGUACCCGUCAUUUUUGACAUGGACCUUGUUUCUAUAUCCUCUCAGCGCUUUCUUUGUGGUCUUCUGUCAUAUAGUUGGCACCUCCGAUGUCAACGAUUUUCAACUCUUGCGCCAGAUAACCGGAAGCUUAUCGCAUUUCAAGCAAGAUCCGCACCUUGGAAGACUGUUGACCCUGCUUCAAUCACUACAACGACUUUGUGAGCCUUUGUUUCCAAAACAAAGCCAUAACAGCGCUACCGGAGAAGACCCUCUGGCAGAUGUCAACCAUUCACUGGCACAUUUCUCCGGAACAAGUGGCCCAGCUACCGAAUCAUUCACCUUCCCACAGUCCUCUCCCUCUGCUCUAUUCCGUGAUGACAUGCCGCUGGUCAACGAGCCCAUUCAGAACACGGAGCUAGACCCCUCGGCGGAAUGGCAGAUGUGGCAGCUCUUCACCAAUCAGGUCCCAAAUGGCUGGCUUAACAAGGGUGUAGACCUGUUCGAUCUUUAG